AUGGGAGAUCUAUUUGAGAAACUAGAUCAAAUGAGGGAGAGACUACAAGAUAUAUUUACUAUUGGGGCACCAUCAUUUGAUCAAGAAACAAAGGAUAUUGUUUGGGAAUAUAGUUUACAAAGAUGGAAGAUGCUUCAUAGUCCUCUUCAUUCUGUUGGAUUUCUACUUAAUCCAAAAUGGUUUCACAAAAAACCAUGGUUGGAUGAUGAGGUUUCAACUAGAUGGCAAACAUAUAUGGAUAGAGUUUAUCCAAAUAGAGAAGACCGUAUUUUAAUUAAAGAGGAAAUGUCAAAAUAUAUUAAUGGAGUAGAUAAUUUUUCCCAUCGAGAUGUCCCAUUUGAUCGAUUGAAUAUGGAACCCAAGGUAUUUUGGGAGAACUAUGGAGCAAAAACACCACAUCUAAGAGAUACCACAAUUCGUGUGUUGUCUCAAGCCUCUAGUGCUUUUGUGUGCGAAAGAAAUUGGAGUGAGUAUGCUUUCAUCCAUUCUAUGAAGCGUAAUAGGCUAGGUAGCAAAAAGGCGGAAGAUCUUGUGUAUGUACAUUCAAAUCUUUGUCUUUUAUAUCGAGCUUCCACUAAUUAUAAAUCAGGGCCUCAUAAGAUGUGGGACUAUGGUGGUUCAAUGGAUGAUGGGACUAAUGAGUUGCUAAUAGAAGUCCUUGAAGAUAAUGUAGAGGAAAUCUUACUUGCAGCUGAAAUGUAG